GACUUCGUUUGGGCGGCUCCGCGUUGACAGAAAGUACCAGUAUUUGUGUAGCGCGCCCUCUUUUGGAAGAAAUCAAUGUUGGUAAAAUGUUUAGUGAGACGAAGACUUCCUCUGCUCUGUAACCAUGGAGUCCAAUGAUCUGAACUUCCCACCGACUGAAGAACCAUUUGUAAAGAAGCUGAGUCGCAUUGCCUCUCAGUUGAUUGUACCAGUCUUAUUGCCAGCAUCAAGUGUGUUUGUGGGUUGGCUGGCCCAGCGGCGCCUCAGCAUCCAGCUGAGCGAACUCCGUAAGGAGAAGCAGCAAAUUGACGACCUGAAGGAGAACAUGGAAUCCCUGCAAGCAGAGAUGGAAGUCCUGAUAAAGAAACGGGACGUCUACGAAGGAAACGUGGGCAUUACGACCAUCAAACGGCGUCAACUUCAGGAAGAGAGCAUCCUGAAAGAGGAAGAAGAAUCGACAGAGAAGGUCCUGAAAGAUCUUGAGGAACUCCGCCCGUUACUGAAACAGCGGCAAGACAUCUUCUGCAGCCACUUGCAAUACCGCGGGGACCGCUUGAAGAUCGAGGAGGAACUCAAGCACACGGCUUACGCCAAGCCGUACGACAAAGAGCUAGGCUUGUACAUGGGUAUGAAGGACAUUUUGCAGAACGACAAGAGCUGCGGUCCGAAGACCAACGGCUGCCUGAUGUGGUUGUACUUUCAGUUCUGGGAGACCCAGGCCAAGCUUCUUCAAAACAAGCGAGUGGCUGCUAGGAUGAAGUCAUUCGAUGAAUCAUUCACUGAGUGAACUGCAGCUCAUUUGAACAUUGUGUGAUGAAGUUUUGCCUUCUACCGGCCUAAUUUACUCGGUUUUAUUCAAAGCAAAAUCCUCCAUACAUAUUCAUCACGCAUUGUUUUUCUAAUGAUUUUAAACCGAGCAUAGCUAGAUUAGUAAUUAUGCGGCGUGCUCUUUCUAGUACAUUUUGAAAAAUUCUGAAAUAAAACAAGUCUCAAUUAUGUGUAUUGGGGUUGUGAAUGGUGGUGGUUUUUUUGUCUUUCAACUUUGUUUAUAUUAUCAUGUAAUUUUAAGGUAUGUUUCAGUGUUUUUAACACACAGGAUGUAGAAUUUAUUUUUGUAUUCAUGAUGGUUAAUAAAUAAAUUGAAUUGAAAAUGAAAUUGAAUUGAAUUGGCAACUGUAGCAUUGUAAGAAGUUACAUGUAGCUUUUUAUUGGUAAUAAUUUUGUUUAAGUUUAUUUCAGUUGACAUAAGAGAAAUUAAAUGUUGAUAAUUUAGUAAAGAAUUGUUAAAUUGGGCUUUAAUUUUGUAAGGCGACGAAUUAAAUUAACACAUUAGGCCUGGACUUCAUUGUAUUACAUUGUGUUACAUUGUAAUACAUUGCAUUACAUUGUAUUACAUUGUAUA